AUGAAUCACGAAUCGCACGAAUCGCACGAACCGCAACCUAUGAUUGAAGUUCCUGAAUAUUUCUACAUGGUUGACACUAAUCAUUUGAUGCAUAUGAUCGGCCGUUUAAUUAUUCAUAAUGAUCAAAUCCCUUUGAUGCCUUCCAACUUAUCACGUUUUCAUUCUAGAGCACAACCAUCUAUUUCAGUAGUCGAUUAUCUUCGUCGUAUAGUAAGGCAUACCUCUAUAGAGAAGCCAUGCCUUUUGAUACUUUUGAUAUAUAUAGAUCGUGUAUGUGAACGAAAUAGAACAUUUACAAUAACAUCGUUGACCGUGCAUCGAUUUCUCAUUGCAGCAGUUACGGUAUCAUCUAAAGCGUUAUGCGAUUCUUAUUGUACGAAUUCUCAUUACGCGAGGGUGGGCGGAAUACCCACUCAAGAACUUAAUGCCCUGGAAUUGGAAUUUAUAAAAUUAAUUGAUUGGCAGUUGAUCUGCGCCGGAGAAACAUUGCAACAAUAUUAUGUUAACCUAGUCAACCAGAAUUCAAAUUAUAAGAGAAUUGUUCCUUCUGAGAAUGAAAACAGUUAUGAGUCACCUAGAAAUUGA